AUGAAGCUGGGCAAAGUAGAGUUGUGCCAUUUUCUACAGCUUGUAGGUCUCUUUCUAUGUUUCUCUGGGACGAGUCAAGCUGAACCGCCAAGGUCCAGAUCCAAGCUAUAUUUUCAGUCAGGGAGGUCCCGAACGAAGCGCAGCUGGGUAUGGAAUCAGUUCUUCGUGCUGGAAGAAUACAUGGGCUCAGAUCCCCUCUAUGUAGGCAAGCUUCACUCUGAUGUUGAUAAAGGAGAUGGUUCCAUCAAAUACAUCUUGUCAGGUGAAGGGGCAAGUUCCAUUUUCAUUAUUGAUGAGAACACUGGGGAUAUUCAUGCCACCAAGAGACUGGACCGGGAGGAGCAGGCCUAUUAUACACUCAGAGCCCAAGCAUUGGACAGACUCACCAACAAGCCUGUGGAACCGGAAUCUGAAUUUGUUAUCAAAAUUCAGGAUAUCAAUGACAAUGAACCCAAAUUUCUGGAUGGUCCAUACACAGCAGGAGUUCCAGAAAUGUCUCCUGUGGGGACUUCAGUGGUACAAGUGACAGCCACAGAUGCUGAUGAUCCUACCUAUGGCAAUAGUGCUCGGGUGGUCUACAGUAUUCUACAAGGACAGCCAUACUUUUCAGUGGAACCAAAGACAGGAGUCAUCAAAACUGCCCUUCCAAACAUGGAUAGAGAGGCUAAAGACCAGUAUUUGCUUGUCAUUCAGGCAAAGGAUAUGGUUGGUCAAAAUGGUGGACUGUCUGGAACCACUUCAGUCACUGUGACCCUAACUGAUGUCAAUGAUAACCCACCACGCUUUCCACGAAGAUCUUACCAGUACAAUGUCCCAGAAUCUUUGCCUGUGGCAUCAGUUGUAGCCAGAAUUAAAGCUAUUGAUGCAGAUAUAGGAGUUAAUGCAGAAAUGGAAUACAAAAUGGUGGAUGGUGAUGGGUUGGAGAUUUUCAAGAUAACUUCUGACAAAGGAACACAGGAAGGAAUCAUUACAAUAAAAAAGCAACUCGAUUUUGAAGCCAAAACAAGUUAUACACUGCGCAUAGAAGCUGCAAAUCGUGAUGCUGAUCCCCGGUUUCUAAGUUUGGGUCCAUUCAGUGACACAACUACUAUAAAGAUAAUUGUAGAAGAUGUGGAUGAGCCCCCUGUGUUUUCUUCACCCUUGUACCCCAUGGAGGUGUCAGAAGCUACGCAAGUUGGAAAUAUCAUUGGCACUGUAGCAGCACAUGACCCUGAUUCUUCCAAUAGCCCUGUGAGAUAUUCAAUUGACAGAAACACAGAUUUGGAGAGAUAUUUCAAUAUUGAUGCCAACAGUGGAGUUAUCACUACUGCAAAGUUAUUGGAUCGAGAAACUAAUGCUGUUCAUAACAUUACAGUCCUUGCAAUGGAGAACCAGAAUCCAUCCCAGGUUGGCAGAGGCUAUGUGGCCAUCACUAUAUUGGACAUUAAUGACAAUGCCCCUGAGUUUGCCAUGGACUAUGAAACCACUGUCUGUGAAAAUGCUCAGCCAGGGCAGGUUAUCCAGAAAAUCAGUGCUGUAGACAAAGAUGAGCCAUCUGAUGGGCACCACUUUUACUUCAGCUUAACAACAGAUACAAUAAAUAACCUCAACUUUUCUUUGAAAGAUAACAAAGACAACACAGCCUCAAUACUUACCAGGAGAAAUGGCUUCCGCAGGCAGGAACAAUCAGUUUACUAUCUGCCAAUUUUCAUUGUGGACAGUGGAUCUCCUUCACUAAGCAGUACCAACACCCUUACCAUUCGAGUCUGUGACUGUAAUGCUGAUGGUGUAGCACAAACCUGCAAUGCAGAGGCUUAUGUUUUACCAGCUGGCCUCAGCACUGGGGCCUUGAUAGCAAUACUGGCCUGUGUCCUGACACUAUUCGUGUUGAUCCUCCUCAUCGUUACUAUGAGAAGACGAAAAAAAGAGUCUCUCAUUUUUGACGAGGAAAGGGAUAUUAGAGAAAACAUCGUCAGAUAUGAUGAUGAAGGUGGGGGAGAAGAAGAUACUGAAGCCUUUGACAUGACGGCACUGAGAAACCUCAACGUCAUACGAGACAGCAAACCCCGCAGAGAUGUGACUCCUGAAAUUCAGGUUUUGAGUCGACCGACUUUAAAAAGCAUUCCAGAUAAUGUCAUUUUUAGAGAAUUUAUUUGGGAAAGACUGAAAGAAGCUGACCUGGAUCCAGGAGCUCCUCCAUAUGACUCUCUGCAGACCUAUGCAUUUGAAGGAAAUGGCUCAAUUGCUGAAUCUCUCAGUUCUUUAGAUUCUGUCAGUUCAAACUCUGAUCAGAAUUAUGACUACCUAAGUGAUUGGGGACCCCGAUUUAAACGACUGGCUGACAUGUAUGGAAAUGGCCAAGAGAAUUUGUGCUCAUAG